AAGCGAGCAAGCCACCUCCACCCCAGUACACUCAUCCGAAUCUUUACGCCGGAGUGAUCAGUAGCAAACAUUAUGAAGAGGCAAUCAAAAUCUGCUGCUACUAGUUCCGGUGCUAAUCCGAAAUCAACUUCUUCAUCUCAGAUCAACACUAGUGUUGGUGAAUCUACAACACCAAUAACUCCCCAUGAAGGAACUUCUACUGCAACUCCAGAAGUUCAAGGAACUCAAGCAACCGAGCUUGAAGAUGAUGGAAGUGCGGAAAGCAUCCUUGAGGCGUUGAAACGGAAAGAAAGGUCAGAUAUUUGGAAUCAUUUUGAGAGGGAUAUGGUGGAUGGUAGAAUUAAGGGUAAAUGUAAUUAUUGUGGAAAAAUUUACUAUGCCGAUCCUAGGAAGAAUGGUACAACCUCCCUUAAUAAUCAUAUGGAUAGGUGUCCAAAGUAUCCCCCUAAUAUUGAGAUGAUGAAAGCUAAAAGGCAAAAGAUUUUCUCUUUUAAAAAACCAACUACUGAGUUGUGUACUGUAGAAUGCACUCAAGAAGAGCUAUCUAUGUUAUGUGUGGAGUACAUUAUAUUAGAUGAGCUACCAUUUUCUCAUGUUGAGGGAGAGGGGUUUAGGCGUUUUAUGGGUAGAGCUCUUCCUUAUUGGAGAAUUCCUUCCCGUAAGACAAGUCCUAGAAUGGUGGAGGCUUUGAUAUGUACACAAAAUUGGCUUAGGAGUGAAAAUGUGUAUCUACAUCAUAUGCCUACUGUUGAGGAGAUGGAGUUGUGUGAAGAAGCGGAAAGAGAGAUGCUUAAGAUGUCAUGUGGAGCUGCAGUGGGGAGUAGUCGGAGUGGAAUGUUACCUCCAAAGUCGAAGCCUUCAAAGUCGAAGACUUCAUCUUUCCGAGCUUGAGAUUAUGCUAUUGCCCUCAUUCAUGUAAUGAUGGACUUUUAUAAUGAUGGACUUUUAUAAACUUUGGACUCUAUAAUGUAGUGUUGAUGUAAUGAUGGACUUUUAUAAACUUUGGACUCUAUAUUUUUUGACAAUUUCAUAUAUUGAUGUUAGAAUUUGAUGGACUAUAUGAAUUGAAUUAUAUGGACUAUGGAGUAUCGAAUUA